CUUAUUUUAUAUGCUUUCCAGGAGAUAUGUUUUAAGCUCCACCUGCAAUCUCAGGGUGUUUUUAAAGAGUUGGAUUUUGAUAUAUCUGAUGCUGUUCCGAUCCAUAAGGGGAAGCCAAAAGGGAAACGCUUGGAUGCUAAAAAGAAGGCAUUAAUAGCUUGUAAUUCUUCUAAUGUGACUGCGGAAAAUGAAAAAUCAGAGUUUCCCGUCCGUGGAAGUUUAAAGAAGUACACUAAAGUUUUUUCACUACGGCAACCAAGGAAUCGCAUCUUGCAUGAGUCUAUUCAAGCCAAUCCACAUGGAACACAACAGGUGAACAAACACUUCACUUUCUCAGACAAGGAUGACAUACUAGGAUGUCAAGUGUUAACAAAGAUUCGUGGUUCAGAUUCCGACAAGGUUGCUUCUUCUUUAUUGGAUGACCAUGCUGGAGAGAUAGGAAAUAAUUCGACCGUUGUAAAAACAAGUGGAAGUGAAGAUGUUUCUGGUGGAACUGAAAAUGGGCGUGGUGCUCAAUCUGCACUUAAAAAGCAGUUGACUAUUGCAUGCCAUGAAUUUGAUACAUCUAACUUCGUGAAGAAAGAUAACCACGAGAGACUGUUUGACACAUCCGUAUAUUCAUAUCAAAGUUCACUGCAAGGUAUGAAUUUACAUUUGUUUGAAAGAGACCAUGGAGAAGCAUUUCACGACCCUUUGCGGGCUUAUCCUCCGUUCUUUUAUAUAUAUCCAGAAGGACAUUCCGAAAACCCGAGUAUCAAAGUGAUGAGAAAUACAUCAAGUGCUUACAAUAACCACGGAAGAUUGAUCGAGCAUCUAGGGGAUCCCGGUCCCAGAUUUCCUCCAUUGUGUAUCGAGGAUUAUCCAAAAGCAUAUAAUGAGCCUUCUACUCCAUAUAAAUAUAAUGAGCCUUCUACUCCAUAUUUAUAUAAACUGGAGAAAAAAUCAAACAUGAUGCCUCAAUUUCCCCCACAAAGUACGAUACAGGAUCAUAGUGUUCACGCUUUUGAGCACCAAUCAUUUCCUCAUCUGUCGCCAAAGGAAUUGCUGCCGACUUUAUGUGCCCUUCCAGAAGUGAAUCAAAAAAGAAUUGAUGGAAAUUUUAUCAGCUUACCGCUCAAUUCACACGGAGAAUUAAUCAAGUUGAACUUGAGUGGUAAAGGGGAGUUUCAACAGACAAUAAAGCCAAGUUGCAAUGCAGCUUCUUCCAUUAACCUUGCCCAGAAUAGCAAUUUCAAUCCGAAUUGCAUGGGUAAUCAUUCAGAGUACAGAGGUUGGGAAUGUAGAACAUCCCUCAGGGACCAGUCGAAUCAGUUCCCUGUCAAGGGCUAUAUGAAAGAGAACCCUUUUGUUGUUAUGCAAUCUAGAAUAGGUAUUACUGAAUGUCUACAUGAUGGAAAAACAAAUAUUGACUUGAAUUUGAUCAAAAGAAAUGAUCAUUUCUUUAAUACAGUGGAAAGGUACCUGCACCCGGAGAUUGAGUCUUACCAUGGAUGCCAAGAAGAUUACCAGAAGAGCAGGAACCGUGAUUGUGUUUUGCCUCAUUUUGUCCAAUCAAAAAUGCGUUUGAUGGGUAAAGAAUUUAUAGUUAGUGGAAAGGAGCUUUGGAAGGAUAAUCAAAUCGUAGCUGAGCAUCAUUCUAGUGGUACUGCCACCGACAAUUUUACAAUUUAUAGUCAGAAUGAACCAUCUUUAGGAAAAUUCAAAGAAACUUUGGCUUGUUUAUCAGAAACUGAAAUCAAUCACAGAUCAGAAAGUAUGUUGCCAACUUCCCCUCACUUUGCCUUGCAAAGUACUGAUAUGCGCCAGAAUGAUUUUGUUGCAAGCAAAACAAAUCCCGUUCCCAGAUUAUAUACUUGUCUUUCUCCUGGUAACUCCUCCGCAUUUCAUAAUAUGAGAUCUAUAGUCCAGGAUCCCAUCACCCAUGGAUAUGAUACCAAAACAGUUAGUUCUGAGUUCCCUAUGCCAAGACCUGCUUUUCAGGGAUUGCCUCAUGCUCCAAGAUCAGUGAUCCGAUUUCCAUUUAUCCACCCAGAUCUUGAAGGUCAUGUGCAAUCAUCUUGGUCUCAGCACUCUCCUAAGAACGUGUCCCCGUUGUUGUCUGAUGUUGCCAAAAGAGAAACAUUGUUGAGUUUUGGCCAAUCAUUCUCUAAUUUGGGCAGCAGUUGUGGUCCCCUUACGAUGCCGGGAACUAAUUUUUGGACUGAUGCUCCGGUGUCGUUGACGCAUGAAGCUUCUUGUUUUCACAAUUCUUUCACCUCUGGCUCUGCCUUUCAUAAUUCAAUCGCUCCAGCUCCAUUGACUCAGCGUGCACCCAUGUCUUACUACUCUGGAAUUGCGCCAAAUUCAGUAUUGCAGAAGAGACAUGGAAGUCAGUUAAAAUUCAAAGAACCAAUCAGUUCAAGAAUGAGAAUUAGAGGACGUAGCCAUGGCAAGAAAGCCAGAAAACGGGCUUCGGCUGCAUCAGAUGAUUCUUUUAAGCCUUUGAAGAUGCCUAAGUUGGGAAUUCAAGAAGCACCUAGUUUUUCUGUGACGAAAUCAAUGACCUGUGUUAAUUUUGAAGGUGAAGCUGGAAAUAUUGGGCAACAAUUUCAAUCAGAUUUUGCCAAAAAGAAAGAAAAAAUCGUGGCUCGUGGAGAAUACGAGAAUGAUAAGGAUGAACAGACGAUUUUAAUAGGGAAGCAUCCAUUGAGUGGCACAGCAAGAUCAGGUCCAGUUAAGCUGACUGCCGGAGCAAAGCACAUACUCAAGGCCUGUCAAAAAAUGGAUCAACAUGGUUACAAAUCAGCCCAUGCAACCAUCCCUUUUGCAGCAACAACUACAGGCUUCAGACUUUUAGAAUCUGAGAAAUCGGCUCAAAUCUUCAGGUUCUAGGAGAGGAUCACUCCAAUACUCAAUUUUGUUUCCGCCUACUAUGCCUAUGCUUCAGCUUGAAUAAGAAGAAUUAUACUCAAAUGUGGCUUGUUUGCUGUCAAAUAAGCUGAAAAGUGUGAAACUAUGUUUGUUUCUUAUGCAACUUAUGUUCAAAAGACAUUUACGUACUAUCUUUCAACAAGUAGAUGAGAAGAUCACCGCUCAUCAAUAUUGAGGACAAAAUGGUACCAUCUUUAACUCUGGCUAUUUGAGUGUUGCCCAAGUCAUUUUGUAUUUAUAUAAUUUAUCCUUUCCUCUUCAAGUUUGUCGUACUAUAUAAAAUUGCAACCAGAAGGAAUUAAUGUUAGUUAUGUGUGUGAGAAAGCAAUGUCAAACCGAUAGUGUAGUGAAGUUGAUUGUAAUAUCUUUGUUAUUGAUGGAAAUCCAUAUUUAUUUGAAUUUGACCUUUCAGUUAA